AUGGCUGAUUCACUAAACCCCCCAUUGUCCUACGAGGCAUCGGCAACUACCACUCACCCUCAUGUCGCCACUUCACUCCCAUCCGAGGUCAUCCAAUGUCUCAAGAACUCCCGCUUCCUGCAUCUGGCAACAUGUGAUGACAAGACACCACACAUUUCCUUGAUGUCGUACACCUAUCUUCCCUCUACCCCGUUCGACCCCAACCCCACCAUCAUCAUGACCACCAACCCCGCAUCGCGGAAAACAAACCACCUCUUGUCCAACCCGCGGGUGUCUCUGCUGGUCCAUGACUGGGUCUCACAUCGCCCACCCACCAGGGCCCCAAACCACGGUGAGCGUGAUGGUUCUCCGCCGCCUGCCGCCACCCGCUCUUCCCUGGCCAGUCUGCUGCUUAACCUGAACACCAGUGCGCUGUCCAGUAUCUCGACCACUAUCUGUGGAGAGGCGCAGUUCUUGGAGUCUGGCUCGGAAGAGGAGUCAUGGUGUAAGGCACGCCAUUUGGAGAAUAACACCUUCGAAGAGGAGGAGAUCAACACUUUUGGUCAGCAGCAGGAUCCCAGCCAGAGACGGCCUAGUCUCUCGCUGGACACUGAUGUGCGGGUUGUUACUGUCCGAGUUACAGAGGGCCGCAUUGCUGAUUGGAAGGGAGGUGUUCGUGAUUGGACUCUGCUCCCGGCUGAAUCGCAGGAUGCUGGGCUGGUCAAUGGCGUGGCGUCUUCAUAG